CCGCUCACCGCCAUCCGAGCCGCCCUGCCCUCAGUAAAGAUGGCGGCGGGGAGACCCGACCGGAAGUUACGUAGGAGGAGGAUGAGUUCCGCUGCGCAGAGCUGGUGCGCGGUGCGACGACAGCGUGAUGGCUUCAGCAGCGGCGAAACAGAUUGCCGCCGAGCAGGUAAACCGGUGUUCUAUCAGAAAGACAUACCUCGUAAAAAAGACAUACGAGUACUUAGUCAUUAUAUAGCGAUAUACCCGCCCGACCCGGCCCCCCACAACCUGUCCGACCCGGCCCGCCACCGCCUGACACAACCUGUCCGACCCGGCCCCCCACCGCCCGAUACAACCUGUCCGACCCGGCCCCCCACCGCCCGACACAACCUGUCCGACCCGGCCACCUCACCGCCCGACACAACCUGUCCGACCCGGCCCCUCACCGCCCGACACAACCUGUCCGACCCGGCCCCUCACCGCCCGACACAACCUGUCCGACCCGGCCCCCCACCGCCUGACACAACCUGUCCGUCCCGGCCCCUCACCGCCCGACACAACCUGUCCGACCCGGGCCCCCACCGCCCGACACAACCUGUCCGACCCGGCCCGCCACCGCCCGACACAACCUGUCCGACCCGGCCCGCCACCGCCCGACACAACCUGUCCGACCCGGCCCGGAGCAACCUGUUCAGCCCGGCCCCGCGCAACCUGUCCGACACGGGACGGCCCCUCAUCCUGAAACAACAUGGGACCUCACAGUCAGGGAUAGCAAGCCCGUCCAGAGACAACAUACAUUAUAUGUUCAGUCAGCCAGGGAUUAACAUUUUGUCUUGACACUAAAUUGCUCCAUGCAGGUUCAUUCAUCCAUGGAUAGCAUGCCUGCUCCGACACUAAAUGGUUUCAGGUUCAUUCAGCCAGGGCUAUGGACACUACAUGACUCCACACAGGCAUAGUGAGGUUGCCUCAACACUAAAUGGCACUGCAAUGGUACAGUCAGUCAAGGACAGAUUACCCACUGAUUGCAAAAUUAUUUAUUUUUAAUUUGCAGGUGGUGGCCGGAUUUAACAGACUAAGGCAAGAACAGAGAGGCUUGGCAUCCAAGGCAGCAGAGCUAGAAAUGGAACUGAAUGAGCAUACGUGAGUGAACUCUUCCAGUAUACUGUGUGGUUAAACAAUGUACGGUGGGAAAAUUCACUCAAUGACCCCUUUCUAAUUAUGCUAUACAGUAGAAUUGAAGUACUGAUGUGCCCUUUCCAGUAACCCUUACCUCUCUCCAAAGGUUAAAAUACUAGAUUAUCUAUCUAAAACAAAGUGUUGAUGUUUGUAUUCUUCAUGUAGAUUGGUUAUUGAUACCCUGAAAGACGUGGAUCAGAGCAGGAAGUGCUAUCGAUUGGUUGGGGGUGUUUUGGUGGAGCGCACAGUGAAAGAAGUCUUGCCAGCCUUGCAAAACAACAAAGAGCAGGUAAUCCAUUUUGAUUUCUUACCAAAUGGAAAAGUGCAUGCUACACUAGUCAUGUUAAUUAGCAUUUUAUUAAACAAAAACUUAUUGUGGUCAUACAAGAGGAAGCGGAUUGCAAUAGUGUGUUAGGUACAUCACUCAAUGAAACAUAAGUUGCUACAGAUUGAUUUGAUGGUCUCUGCUUGUUUGGACAUUACAAUCUAGGUGUGGACAUGAAGAGCGUGCAGGACAGGAUGAUUGAAAAACAAGCAAUAUGAAACCAUGGUUAUGUGUGUGCAACUGAAUAGACUAGGAGAGAUUGAAACUAGAAGUUAGGAUGAGAUUGAUAAAGUCAGAUAUGGAAUGAUACUUCCUGGUGUUUUACAUUAAAAUCAGUUUGAUUUUGGCUUGUAGGACCUUGUGUGAUCCUUUAUUUUUUUUUUAUAUAUAAUUUUUUUUUAUCAGAUUUUGUUUUACCUGUCUCAGUUGCCUUUUGUUUUCUGUGUUUAUGUACAAUGAAUGAUACUAUGAGGCCAUAUAAGAGAUGAGCUCUGUCAUUAAUCCAAGUCCUGUGUAUAAUUGUAUGGUUAUUCCUGCCACGUUGCUAGUUUUGAAAGGUACAGAGCAAGAUAUCUUCUUGUCUGCUUUUGCAUCCAUUGAAGAGCUAAUGUGUCAAUUUUUAACAAUGUUGCAGAUUAACAAAAUCAUUGAGACACUAAGUGCACAGCUGCAGGCAAAGGGGAGAGAGCUGAACGAAUUCCGAGAGAAGCACAACAUACGCAUCAUGGGGGAAGACGAGGCCAAGCAGCCCCCCAAGGAUAACGGGGAUGGCUCUGGGGCCAAACAAAGUUCUGCGGGUGUCUUGGUAUCUUAAAGGGCCAAGAACCCACACAACCUUGCACUGAUACAUGUCCUCAAAGCCGGAGCAGAUCUUUUUUCUUUGGUUUGUUUAUGAACGUUGAACUUGCCAUUUGAGUUUGGUUACUGUGUCACAGCAUGUUCUCCCAACUAGUUUCAUCAGUGGCUUGUCUGUACCAUAGCAAUAGCCAAUACUUCACACCGAUACGCUGUAAUAUUCCAGUCCGUAGUGACUGCAAGCUGGACAGUUUUUUUUUUAAGGCUAUCGCAGACAUAAAGUGCAUGUGACGUAACCUUCCCUUAGUUCACAGUCAUUGUCUCACUUGAGAUUGUCUUGCAUACUGUUUUUUUUUAUAUCUCCCAGAUUUCAAGAAUUUGAAUUUAGAACCAUCUUCACAUACAUCCAUCACCUGUCCCAUAACAUUUUGAGCUUCUCCCCCCAUUUAAUAUUUUUGAUCUUGUUAAAUAAACUUAUUGUUUUCUCUCCCAUAUUUGGAGGUCUUAAUCCAGAUAGAGAGCAAA